ACUGCUGGAAUUGACAUGCUUAUUGAAAAACACCACAGAGAAACAUGAUCAAAUCACAAAAGUAAACUAAAUCACAAAAAGAAAAAUUACAUAGACACUGGUGAUGAGGGAUGUGAUAAGACAGCCAUCACAUUUACACACUAUAUCAGCAGACACUUAUCAAUAGCAGACACUCACACUACCACAUGCAUGCAUUGAUGAACAUUACAUCAAUAUGUUGUUGUUUGUUGAUUAUUUGUGCGUACAUUUUGAACAGAGACCAUCCCUUAUUCCCACUGCUUGCCAGGCCAACUGAUAUACAAGUACAGGCACAGAUCCGGGCCGAACGCCAAGUUUCGAGUUCCGCAGAAGCCCCUCCUAUCAUUCAGCAGUAACCGUUUGCCCGGGAAACCAAUCUCAGUGACUGCACAGUUUAUGUCUGAGAGUGUUUGCUACACCAUGGCUGAAGCAAUUUUUGAAAAUAGUGACCUGAUAACCUGUCCAAUCUGUCUGGAUCUCUUAAUAGAUCCAGUGACUACUGCUUGUGGACACAGUUACUGUAUGGACUGCAUUCAAGAAAGUUGGAAUCAGGAUAUUCUGAAAGGGUUCUUCAGAUGUCCCCAGUGCAUGCAGACCUUCACCACAAGACCCGAUCUGAAGAAAAACACCCUUCUGACUGAGUUGGUGGAGAAACUGAAGCAGAAGGUACUCCAAGCUGCUCCUCCUUUAUACUGUUAUGCAGGACCAUUAGAUGUGGGGUGCAACAUCUGCACUGGGAGAAAACUAAAAGCUAUCAAGUCCUGUCUGGUGUGUCUUGUCUCUUAUUGUGAUGCUCAUCUCAAACUUCACAAUGACCUACACCAAGGAAAAACGCACAAGUUGAUUAAUGCCACCGGAGAGCUCCAGAAGAAGAUUUGCCCUCAUCAUGACAAAUUGCUGGAGGUUUACUGUCGUACUGAUCAGCAGUGUAUCUGUCUGCUGUGUGUGAUGGAUGGACAUAAAGGCCAUGAUACAGUGUCAGCUGAACAGGAAAGGACUGAGAAAGAGAAGCAUGUGGAGGAAAAUAAUCUGAAAUCCCAGCAAAGAAUCCAGGAGAGAGAGAAGGAUAUUCAGGAACUGACACAGUCUGUGGUCAUUCUCCAGCGGUCCGCACAAGCAGUAUUGUUAGACAGUGAGAGGACCUUGACUGAGCUGAUCCGUUCCAUUGAAAAAAAGCGCUCUGAGGUGAAAGAGCUGAUCAAAGCUCAACAGCAGGCUGAAGUGAGUCGAGUUCGAAUUCACUUAAGGCGGCUGGAGAUGGAGGUGGCUCAGCUGAGGAGAAGACAUGAUGAGCUUAAGCAGCUCUCACAAACAGAAGAUCACAUCGAUUUCCUCCAGAACAUCCAGUCUCUCUGCGUUCCCCUUGGGUCUGAGGCAAGACCCAGGAUCCCUGUGACGUUUCAGCACGUGAUGAACAGUGUGUCUGAAGUGAAAAGGCGACUACAAGACAUCUGCAAACAGGAAAUUGACAGGAUAUUUCGCAACGGUUGGCAGGCCUAUUUUAUGCUCAGAUGUACUCUUUUUUGGCUAAAGUCCCAAAUGGUCAGCAUGAGCCCAAGACCAGAGAGGAUUUCUUACAAUACUGCUGCCCAUUGACACUGGAUUCCAACACAUCCCACCGACUCCUGUGUCUGUCUGACGGGAACAGAAAGGCGACCAGGAUCCAGCCCAACCAAGCACAUCAACCUGACCAUCAAGACAGAUUUAGCCACUGGAAACAGGUGUUAUGUAGAGAGGGUCUUUAUGGAGUUUGCUACUGGGAGGUAGAGUGGACGGGGGUGGAAGUUGAUGUAGCCGUCUCAUACCAAGGGAUAAGCAGGAAAGGACAGAAUAACGCCUCUUGGUUUGGUGGUAAUGCUCAUUCCUGGAGGUUGUACUGCUCUGCAGCUAGAUGCUGUUUUUACCAUAACAGACAAGUGAUGGAUGUCCCCACCAUCCGCUCUGACUCCAGAGUAGGAGUUUACCUGGACCACGGGGCUGGUACUCUGUCCUUUUACAGCAUUGACCGGUCAGACACAAUGUCCCUGCUCCACAGAGCCAAGACCAUGUUCACUCAAGCCCUCUACCCUGGUUUUGGGGUUGGUUCGUCUGUGAGGAUAAUGACACCAGAGGAGUGACUAACAGGUUAUGACAUGUGACCAGGUUAUUACACUGUGCUUUCCUAACUUUGUGCUAAUAGAUAAGUACUUGGGAUACUGGGACAAAUUUGAAAGUGGGACGGUUAUUUUUAUGUUUUUGUAAAAUGCAUUCAAAUCUUUUUUAAAACAAUACCUUCUGGCUGAGAAAUAAGAUUGCACCACAAAGAUGUUUGUCCUAACUGAAACUCCACACAUCAUUCUCUCUCCACACCCAGGCAUUAUAGCAAACAGUUUAGCAAAAUGUUUGAUGACAUCCGAAGGAAAAUGUGUUCAGAUGCAAGUAGGGCACUGACUCCUUUUACUGUACAGCUAAAACUAACCAUAACACUGCCGUAUUAUUGCAAUCAUGUCAUGUAUGUGUAACAUCCUACAUUAUUCUACAAUGUAAGCUCAAUAAAGUUGAUUGUUGUUGGGG